AUUUUCUUUUCUUUUUCUUCUUCUUUGUUUUUCUUUCACCCUCUGUCUCUUUACUGCAAAAACAUUAUGCUUAGAAACUUUGUUAGCCCUUCUCUCAUCAGACCUUUGAGUGCAAAUAAGUCUAUUGCUACCAGAAGCUUCUCGACUGCUUUUGUUCAGCGUCAGGCUGUCACUAGUACCUCUGAUGAAAAGUCUUAUGCUCACAUCUUGACUGAAACCAGAGGCAAGGUCGGUUUAAUUACAUUGAACCGUCCUAAGGCUUUGAAUGCCUUGUGUGCCGAUCUUUUUACUGAAGUCAAUGAUGCUCUUCGUUCCUAUGAUAACAAUGAGAACAUUGGUGCUGUUGUCAUUACUGGCUCCACAAAGGCUUUUGCAGCUGGUGCUGAUAUCAAGGAAAUGAAGGACCAUACCUUUGUUAAUACCUACAAGACUAACUUCUUGGGUCAUUGGGCUGAAAUGACUGAAAUCAAGAAACCUAUUAUUGCUGCUGUCAAUGGCUAUGCUCUUGGUGGUGGUUGUGAAUUGGCCAUGAUGUGUGAUAUUAUUUAUGCUGGUGAAAAGGCUGUCUUUGGUCAACCUGAAAUCAAGUUGGGUGUUAUUCCCGGUGCCGGUGGUACCCAACGUCUUGUAAAGGCCGUUGGUAAAUCCAAGGCAAUGGAAAUGAUUUUGGCCGGCAAUGUCAACCUGAAUGCUCAAGAAGCUCUCAACUUGGGCCUUGUUAGCAAGGUUGUCCCUGCUGAUCAACUUGUUGAUGAAGCCGUCAAGACUGCUUCUACUAUUGCUAGCAUGAGUCAAGUUUCUGUCCAGAUGGCCAAGGAAGCUAUCAACAAAUCUUUUGAAGUUCCUCUUAGUGCUGGUUUGCGUUGGGAACGUAUUUUCUUCCAAGCUCUCUUUGGAACUGCUGACCAAAAGGAAGGCAUGAAUGCUUUUGCUGAAAAGAGAGCUGCUACUUUUACCAACAAAUAAAUGACUUUGAUAGUUUAAAUAAAAUGUAAAAUACAUAAGAAUAAGAAAGUCAAUCAUGGUUUAUUUUUUUUUUUUUUGAUUAUUGACUGUACCGAUAGAUUUAUGUCUAGAGCGUAU